GGUACAUAUCUGACCCUCGAGGGCAAAGCGGGAAUCCUCAGUGAUGGAGGGUAUUUAUGCCAAUGUUGAAUGUGACAAACCUGUGGACUUCACACCGAUGACCAAUGAGACAGGUCCCAGGAGCCCAGGGAGCAGACCUCAUAGAGCUGUUGCUGUCUCUCUGGGGCUGCUCAGUGUCCUCCUGCUGGUUGGACUCGUCUGUCUCGGUGUCCACUCUGAUGCAUCAGCUGCAGAACUCUCCUCCAUCAAAGCCAACCUGACGGAGCGUCUCCAGGUCAGUGGAGACAAGCUGUCCUCAGUGUCUGCAGAGCGAGACCAGCUGAGGGACAACUUCACUGCACUGAAGGACAACUUUACUGCACUGACCCAUGAGAAGGACAGACUUCAGCUCCUGUUGAAAAAGAAGAAAACGUGUCCUGAAGGCUGGAGGAUGUUCAGUUGUGCUUGUUAUCUUUUCUCUACACGGGAGGAUUCCUGGACUAAUGGCAGAAAGGACUGCACAGACCAAGGAGCUGAUCUGGUGAUUAUAGACUCACUUGAAGAACAGAAAUUCAUCUCAGACAUCGUCAAAAGUCAUACUUGGAUUGGUUUGAGUGACAGAGAGAUCGAGGGCACCUGGAAAUGGGUUGAUGGAACUCCACUGACUGGAGCGUAUUGGGGCGCUAAACCUGGUCCAGUUCAACCUGAUGACUUUGGAGGUAACGAGGAUUGUGUUGAAAUAGUUGUCAGCUGGAACUCAGACAGAAACUGGAACGAUAGAGACUGUGCUUACCCUCUGAAAUGGAUCUGUGAAAAACUGGUUUAAUGUUUCAAGAUUCAAAGGUUAAACAAUCAUUUGUUACUAUGCAACCCAGGGAAGACAUUUUAGCCCAUUUAUAACAGAAAGAAAAGAAAACGCACUUAUUAAAUGUGCAUUAUAAACAAUGUAAGCAACAAAAACAAUUAUCUGAUGUAAUAAUAUGGCCGACAUCUUCACAUUAAAACACUGAGUCCUGCUCUCUGUCCCCAUGUCCACCCGUCAAGUAUUACAUCCAUGAAUCUUAUUAUGAUCCUGAUAACUGCCUUAAAUGGUGUAUGUGAGAGAUUAAGAGAAAAAGAGAGUGCAUGUGAAGGGUUGGAGGUAUGAAGUUGUCUGUAUAAUGGUUUUGUGUAAACUUUAGCAUGUGUUUGUUAACUAGUGAGAUGAAUAAACGCAAAUAAACAAAGCUGAACAUUAUACUGGAUACAUAUAAUAAAGCUUUAAGCUGAAAUAUAUUCAUUAGCGUGUUAGCAUGUUAGCUGUUGGUGUUGCUGGUUAUUUUUGGCUUCCUUUAUUUUAGUUGACAACACCUAUAUUUCCUUAUACACACACGUACUGUCACAGAGCUACCCACUGUUCUCUGUGACCCCUGGUUACCCCUUCUCACCUGACAUCAGCAGACAUGGUGGCAGGCAUCUUAAGUGCUUUAUACCUGUGCUGUUGCAUUGUGGGUGGUGGGAGAAACCAGGUAUGGUGGGAAAGGAGGGGGUAAAUUGUGUGCAGUUAGUGAUGUUUGCUUCCUAAUCAUUGUUAAAAUUACAUGUGGAUGUGUAUUGUGUUAUUGUAAAAUCUGUU